AGAGAUCUGGCCACCUCGUACGAAAAUCGAUUUAUCGAUAGGAAUCAAUCGUAUCUCCGAUUUUGAGUCACAUGGUUCUGGGAUCGACGGUUUCGUGCCUGAGACGGCUCUGAAUCGCUCCCACCAGCCUGCAUGCCACACCGCGGCCCAUCGCGAGAAGCGAAUAGGGCCGCGCUUUAUACGCGUAGUGUAACCUGCCAAGGAAACAACGCACGCCUGUGCAACCCGUGAUACCGACUGUUCGACGAUCCACGUUGUUUUUGCCAAAUUGGAAUUGAAACCGUCGAACCUCGCACGAUACGAGACAGCGUGUCGAGGUAAUAGGAGGUGGAGACACAGUGGGGGUGCGUGAAAACGAGCAAGUAUUCGUACAUACGCGCAACGUAACGCGAUUGUUGGUCCAGAGUACAACCCGGAGCGCCGCUAAGUAUUUUCCGCGUGAAAUUUACAGUGUAUCAUUGUGUACGCACCAAUAGAGGCGAUGCAUGUAAACGUGAUAGGAGACCAGAGGAUGCGCAAGUGAACGCACGCGGUCGAGUUCAAUCCCUACGGCCCUGUCGGUGUUAGUAUAUCGUGGAAUUUCGCGGUCGAACGAGUCAACGGCCUUAUCGUCGCUAGGCGAACAGUAUUUCUCUCCUCUGCUCGUUAUCGCUUCGUUGACAAGAAAACGUUUCUUCAACCGAAACCGGCGUGACAUUUGUGAGUUUUACCCUUUCAGGUUAGGUUGGAAUGGACCAUCUCUCCUGUAAAAGAUACGUGGUAGCUCCAACGCCAGGGGUUCGUUGUACCAAGGAAGGCCGAUCUUCGAUCGUCGUUCUCGAAACGACGAAUUACAAAUCGGGAAGCAGGAAGGGAAACAAAGGAGAAAAGAAGAGGGCGCCAGUACAGAUAUAUCGUCGAGUGUGACUGGACGGAAAGACGUGGGCGAUUCCCAAGUGCCGGGUGCCUGGUUCGUCGUGUUAUUGCGAGUGUGUCAGUGAGUGUGCGGAGGCGAACCUAACCUAGUCGUUCGUCGCGCGCUAUCGAUCAAGGAGCCAUCGGUUUUAAGAGGACUCGACUUUUCCAUCUUUUUUUUUCGGUGUAACCGGCUGUGGCACUCGUGAUCGUGCAAACAAGUGAAUAAUACUUAGUGCGUUCGUAAGUUUCCCGCUGACGAGCGUUCGCCACUCGUGCCGCUUCUCUGACGUGCGUGUUUCGAGCAACGUGAGUUCGACGAAGAUAGUUGCACGAGUUUCGUCUUUCGUCGCGUGUAAGGAGGACGGGAAGAGUGAGGAAACGACAGGAGGAGAAGCUAACGGUGGCAACCGAUACGAAAUCGGAAGUGAUCGUGCCCGAACAUCGGAAACGAUUCUAUGCGGCAAGAUGAUGGAGACACAGAAUUACUGGGAGGAAAACUCCGCUCAUUCCAUGCAGGUGAAAUACGAGAGCCUGGAUGGUCGAUCCUGCAAGGACGAGAUAUACAGGAUGGGAAUAGGCGCCGGAUACUGCGAAGGAAACCUGAACUUUGCUACGGCCUCGGAAGAUGACGAGGUCUAUACCAAGAAGAAGGUUUCUAGGCAAGAUCCGAUGUCUCACAGGAUUAUCGAGAAGCGAAGAAGAGACCGCAUGAACAACUGCUUGGCUGAUCUUAGCAGACUCAUACCAGCUGAGUACUUGAAGAAGGGCAGAGGCAGAGUUGAGAAGACUGAGAUCAUCGAGAUGGCCAUUCGCCACAUGAAACAUCUCCAAGGUCUUCGACAAGAAACAAAGCUUCCUGCCGUGUCGUCCGCGCACACACACCCUGAAGACAGCGUGGACAGCGUCUCGCACUCCACCGUGGCGUCCACUGCUGCAGAACACUAUAGGCUGGGAUUCCAGGAGUGUCUCAGCGAGACCAUGCACUUCCUCGUCGAGGUGGAGGGUUUCUUCGCCAGGGAUUCUUUGUGUGUGCACCUAAUCAACCAUCUACAGCAGCACUGCGAGAAAAUCUUGGCUACCAGCGACAGGCUAGGAUUCCCCCACCCUGAGAUGCCAGCGUCGAAUGGCACCACCAACGGCAACGGCUACGCUCACACCAGCAUUCCCACCAUGUGCCAGCCCAACGGCCACUCCGACCACGGCUCUAGCUCGGGUGUGAGCUCGUUUGGCGACCCGGAGCGCCCUCUGCGAUCCGCCAUCAUCCCACCGCCAACGAUAGUCAGCGACGACAGCAAUCACAGUAACCAUUCGCAUAGCGCUCCGUCGACGGCCAGCUUCAAGCCUUCCAACUACAAGUUCAAGAGCUCUAUCAAGCAAAGGUUCUCAGCUGAGAGGAUAAAGUCCAGUCCACCGCCGUCCACCAACUCGGAGAAAGCGUCCCCAACCCACGGAGUGCCAAUCUUUGCUCUUCACGACGGUGGUGCCUUCUACGUUCCGUUGACAGUCGAGGCGUCCAUGCUCAGGCCCCAUCUCAACUUCAUCCCGGACACUGGCCCUGACACGGUCCUCCAUCCCGUGACGAUAUCCGUGAACUUCAACCACUCGACGCCACCAGCGUGGUCGAACCAUCAUAGUCCCACGCAUCAGCAGCAGACGUAAACAAUGGAUGUAGGAAGCGUUCCGUGAACGUGGUUCGAUGUUCUAUUUGCGCUCUACUCGUCGACGCAUGUACACACGCGUGUCCGCAUAUCCUUAGAUGUACUAACCUAAGCUCGUAUGUCUGCGACUCGUCGAGUAAGAGCUCUGUCAUUUUGGGAGACGUACGUGGCGAGUGUGUAGGGGGCCUUCUUUGAACAAGGUUGAUGUCUUUUUUUAUUUACAUCCAUGGACUAUUGUGGUAUGCCUUUGCAUUCACGUGAAUGAUGUCACGAGUAUGGACACUGUUGGUAGAGACACGAACGGUGAACGUACGAGGCGUACUAGAAUCGUGGAUGGAUGUCCUGCUAUGCUCCACUCGCUGAUAUAUCUGCACACAUGUGUUCAUACGCAAUGCUGCGGUAUGCGUGUCUAUGGAUUCACACAGUGGAUGAGUGGAGUCUUUCAAAGAUGGAGACAAGCUUGGGUUACCUUUGGGAGACUCCAUUCCUGUUUGAAAGCUGUACAUUAGAAUGAAAGUUUCAUUGGGUAAUAAUGAGGAAUAUUUUUGGUGCAGGUAGCAAUAUUGCUAAUAUCCUGAAUCUGUUAAUUGAACUCACGAACAUGGUCAAGGGUUAUCUAGCAGAUCCUGACUUGGACGUGUUGGUCACUGGUGACUGGCACUUUGAACCUACAUUUUUAAAACAUUUACAAUUAAUGAAGUCUUACACUUGUUAACUUGUAGAUCAAGUUAUGAUUAAAAAGGCUAUACAAUAUUAAUGAAUUAUCAAAUAGCUUAAGCAAACGUUGAUGGCUAAUUCAUCUAGCCUAUCAGAACAUGAAUAGUUUUAACAGUCUAUGAAAGCACCUGCUGUAAAAGCCUCAUCCAACUAUCAGACCCAAGACAACCAAGCAACACUGCUCUUUGAAUCAAAAAUAUUGAUACGUUCAAAUCACAAACCGAUUACAAAAUCAUAUAAAUUUUAUAAGUACUCUUCUUGGUAUGAGAACUGGAUCAAGUAGCUCAGCUAGCCUACCCUGUGCUGUGAUAGGAUCUGAUCACAAGUAUGAAUAUUGUUAAUGAAGACAUGAGUGACGAUCGUUUGGCGCUUUCACCGCGCGACUGCAACAGUGUCAAGCGCAUAGUUACAGUACUGAAUCUGAAGCCUCCUCCCAUCACCAAUGCAGAGAUCGAAAUUUCUCUGAAGGCCCAAAUUUCUAAAUAGGGCAAUCCUCGAUGCAUCACAGGUUUUGAACCAACCGUCAUUGCUAGACUCCUUUUGACGUCUCUAAAAUUAAUGGCACUCAAAGAAAAAUCGCAUUUCCGGGACACUCUAUUUAUAAAUCUGGCAUAUGGCUGGCUGGUACGAUCAAUAUUCAGGAAUACACCCUCAUUAAUCCAAGGAGUGCCUACUGGUACUGCCUGAAAUAGGUUAACUUCAUUAUUUACAUACAUGACUUGCAUGUUUGCUUGGAUUUCUGAAUGAAAGAAUCCAUCUGCUAUAUCCUGGACAGAGUUUGGAGGUUGAAGAAGCUUUGGUACUAAGCGUUGUCACAUUCAACAAUGCCAACAUGUAGGCAUGUGUAUACUCUUGACCGUUUGAGUUAAGUGUUGAUUUGUCUUCUUAUAGAAAGGAUCGUUUACUAGCUAGACAAUGGUUGACGUCAUCGCUAAUCUGUCCUUAGCUUUGAUGUGGAGCGUGAUCACCUACUCUCUCUUCUAAUCAGUCAUUGUAGGUGGCUGAGCCUGUGGCUGAGCAUCUUUUAUAAUUUCCACCUUUCGACCAAAGCUGCUCCUAUACAAAGCUGUACAGAUUACCUCUAAUUGAUGUUCACAACCUAAGAAAUAUACUUUCUUUAGUCCAUAAAAUACGUUCUCAUGACAGUACUGCUACCAACCAUUUCUCUAUGAAAUCUUGACCAAAUAACCCUUGCAACAAUACUGAUCACUGAAUCUGAGUUUCAUCCAGAGGAUAUCUCUUCAGCCAUUGGGUAUAGGUUAGUAUGCAACAGACCUUUGGUAUGCAUGUGCACAGAAGUUGCGAGCAAUGUUACAAGUAUGAACACAUAUGGUGGAGCUACGUGCUAGCGGCUACGAGAAUCGAGGAUUUUGCGAAGUAUUUCAAUCGGUUAGACCGCCCGUUCGACAGGGACCAGUGACGCUACCCUCGUCGAAAGGGGAUAGUGAUUUAAUUUUCUUUCUGAUUCUUUAGUUCGUAAGAUCCAACGGACACUCCUGCCGUCUUAGCCGUUCUGUUAUAGGGAGAUCGAGAGCCCUUCCACCAGGGGACAAUUAUCAAGGGGUCCAGCAAUGUUACUUUUUUGUUAAUCCUUCAUUGCAUGAGUUUUAUUUGAUCCUUUAAUGGAAUUACUUCGUGGUCAUCUAUAUUACCAAAUAAAUAAUAAUAAGUAGCUGAACAUUCAGAGCUGCUCACAUUAGAAAAACUCUGCAGUUCCUGUGUAAACUUUGCAGGAAUUUAUCUUUACUCAUGCAAUUAAGGAUUGAAUUCGUUAAUCGAAUAUUAAUGAGAAAAAUUGGCAAACGUCUUAGUUGAACGGUGAUGUACAAUCUUGAUUGUCCCUUGCGUUCCAGUCACUGCUGUAGUCCCUCUUCGUAGAGUAAAUUCAGUAUCCUAAGGCAUGUGUGUUCUCCCUUUUGUCGCGGAGAAAUGUGUGUGUUGACGGAUAGUAAUCGUUGAGAAGUACUGUUAAGAGUGUGUGUAAUCUUACCAAGAUGGUAAGGGCCUCGGCAACGGCCAAGUGACAUUUCUGCGUGUAUCUGGCUUAAGACUUCUGUGUCAAGAACGGGCAAAUGUAUUGUAGGGAGCACGAGAGAUCAGUUUUGGAUUGAAAAGAAUAUACUACGAGUAUCAGUACUACGAGUAAGUAAAAUGUGGACAGUGUCUACUUUUUUAAUUAAUCGCAAGCCUAUAAAAAGGUAGACCAAAACGUCUUAAGACUGUUCAGGAUCAAGACUGAUUUUUCCUUCUCCCUGCAGUAAAUGCGUGUCUGAGACAAGACUCUUAUAGGAUAUAGAUGACACUGUUAUAUGUGGGAGUGUGGCACUGUGAAGGUCCAUCUCCUCACGGAAAGUCAUUCUUUCUCCCUGUAAUGCAAAGAACGAAGGCGUGGAGGAUGUUUAUAAAUAUUUACCGAGGCUGUGGGUUGUCUUAGCAUUUACGAGGUUCGAGAGAAAGAGCGAUAGAGGUCGUAGAUAGAGAUAGAGUAUUAGGGCGUGGUGCCCCGGGUUGCUUUAGCUUCGGUAUGCCCUUUUUCUUUCGUGGAUGUUAUCGCAAUCGUGUCCCGUUCCUCCUGUUUUUUUCCUCGGGAAUCUUUCGUAGUUGUUUCGUUGCAUCUUCCUCUAUCUAUUCGGUCUAUCUUUCGGUGCUUUCCACCUUUCCUUUCUUUUCUCUUCAUUGAGCAAGUGGAGACGUUCGUCAACGGUCGAAGAAGCCGUAGACAUCGAAAACUAUAGGUUUCGUCGUCAACGUUUGCCAAUAGUAUUAAGGACAAAUUUCUCAACUUUUCUGCUCGUGAAAUUCUGUUUUAUUCUUCUUUCUCUUUCUCCCCUUUUUCUUCUUGUCCGAAGCGUAAGAUAGCCGACAAAAGUGCCUACACAAUUUAAUUCACGAAGAGAGCGUUUAGUUUGAGCGAAUAAUUGUUACGUUCGAUCGCAACGAGGAUCGAGUCUGCUCGAGACGCCCCGGGUUGAACGGGCCUCGGCAAUUAACGACUGACCAAGACCUGCAUUACACUAAAUUCUUGUAAGAUCGUUGCAUUAAAUAUAUAUUUGUACAUACCAUGUCUAGUUGUAAUGUUAACGAAGAAUUUAUACAGAAUAAAUUAUAUUUACCAUAA